AUGGAUAGGAAACCGUGGUUUUCUAUGAUCAACUCUUCGAUUUUCGUUUCUUGGAAAACAAGGGCUUCUCCUCUGCCAAGAGUAUCUGUGGAACAAAAGAAGAAGGAUUCUAGCUUCAAUACUUGUAGCAAGAGCCUCUUUAAUAUUUCUUCAAGUCAAAGUAGAUAUGGCAAAAAAGGUAAGGACGAGGAAGGAAAAUAUGUGGAAGUAGAACAAUUUAUUGGAAGUGGAACCCCUGUAGGUGAAACCUCAGGCCUGAAAGAAGGAAUUUUGAAGAGCAGCAUCUUAGAGAUAGAAUCGAUUGCAAAAUCUUUAGGGGCGGUGGAUAUCUCAAAAAAGGGAAUGGAAGGAGGAUCAAAUGUUAAGGAGCCAAGUAUCAAAAGAAAGAAAUGGACAAGGAGAAAGGGGGUAGGAAGGCGAACACAAACCAAUCAAAGGAUCCUAAAUGCGAAAAACUGA